UGUACCCGCCCGGUCUCAACAAGCUGAUGUGCACCACAAUCCUUAUAAAUAUCUACCCAAUAUCCAACACUCUAAUGAUCAUCCAUAAGAUUCAGAAACCUUCUCAUUCACUUCUGACUUCUUAAAGUUACCAUUUAUUCAGUUACCAAUUUACUACCAGCUAGUCUCUAACAAUGGCAAGAAAUCUGCCUCAGUCUCCCUAUGAGAAGACCUCAAUUGACCAGUUGGCCUUGGCUAAGCACUGCUCUCGCGAAGGUGUAAAAGCGGGAGCUAAGGCAGCUGUUGUUGCUACCAUUGCCACAGCCAUUCCAACUCUGGUUAGUGUGAGGAUGCUGCCUUGGGCAAGAACCAAUCUCAACCCCACUGCUCAGGCCCUCAUAAUCUCCACAGUGGCUGGAAUGGCAUACUUCAUCGUGGCUGACAAGACUGUUUUGGCAACGGCAAGAAGGAACUCAUUCAAUCAAGUGGCUCACCAUGAAGCAUGAGUCCAUCACUAACUAGGGCUUAAGUUCUUGUUGUCGUAUGGUUUGCUAGAUGAACCCAUCAUCUUGUAUAUAAAUAAUAAAUAGAGAUGGGUUUUCAAUCUUGUAGCACUUUGUUUAUGUACUAAAGUUCAUCCUUUAUGAAUACGAAAUAAGAAAUUUGUGAGAUAAA